AGGUCCUCAAGUCGCAACAUCUAUCACAACAUGGCCGCAAUAUAUAAACCCACCCAAGCCAUCCAGCUACUCCGCUCUACCGCUCCGCGCUCGCUUCCCAUUCCGAGUCAGAAAGCUGCUGCUGCGCGCGCCGCCUUCUCCGCAUCCCGCAGUGCGCAAGCUACCCACAAUAGCAGCUCUUCGAAUAACACCUCGGCCAACGAUAUCCUGUCUGCCCACCCCGCCAUACCAACGAGACGUAGAGUCACCGUGACGAAUGACACUGGAGCCGUACCCUGGGGCCAACUUUCCCCCGGCGAAAAAGCAUCGCGGACCGUCCAGCAAUCGUUCAACUUGGGCGUAGUACUCGUGGGAAUAGUCUUCACUGGCGCAGUAGGCUACAUCAUCUUUUCCGACUUCAUAUCGCCAAACUCAAAAACCGCACACUUCAACCGCGCCACCACGCUGAUCCGCGAGCAUCCCGAAUGCCAGAAGCUGCUGGGUCCCAGAUCCGAAAUUUCGGCGCACGGCGAGAGCUCCUGGUCGCGCUAUGCCAAGAACAAGUUUAUACACAGCACUGAGGAGAAAGAUCAAUGGGGCACUGAACAUAUGAGGUUCAAGUUCUUCGUCGAGGGUCCUUUGAAUCAGGGAACUGUACAUUGCCAUCUGACCAAGAGACCAAGCCAAGAUUCGUGGGAGUGGUGCGAGUUGGCGGUCAAUAUCAAGGGUCAGAAAACGGUAUGGGUUGAGCGCGCAGAUGGGAAGGCGGGGUCUAAAGUUGCGCCUAAGAUCUUCGGAGCGCGGUGGUGGUGA